CAGUUGAAAAGAAAUGUGUAGUUCAACUAGUGGAUGAACAGUACGGGAUGGGAGUGUGUGAUCCGCAAGAUAAGAAUAAGAAAAGAGAAGAGCUCUGUUGCAGGCACGUUGUUUUCUGAUCUCUACUUAACUGUGGUGAACAAUACUCUUUGCAGCCCCACAGAUGUGAACGUCAUGCAGCCUUCUCGAGUUGCUGAUUUUGGGGCGCUUGCGCAGUCUGCUGGAUUCAGAAUAGAAGAUUUUGCCAAUUUUGGUACAAAUACUUUGUUCAAUCUGAAGCCAAAUACUCACACAUUUACCAGUGACCCCCUUCAGUUUGGGAAUUACGGAAAGUCGAUUUCUCCGAUUGAUCUAGCUAGUACAGCUGCAGCAGCUGCAGCAGAAAUAACAACAGUUGAUCCUCAGGCACUACUACAGAAAAAAGGAGCACAACCAAGUCUAGUAGCAGUAAGAACUCGUAACAAUGAGAACUGGGGAGAGUCAAGUAUGGCUGAUACAAGUCCUAGGACUGAUACAUCAAGUGAUCCAGACAUAGACAUGGAUGAGAGAAACCAAAUGUUUGAACAAGGACAGCUUGCUGUUCCCACGGCUUCUGAUUCUAGUGGUAAAUCAAAGGAAAAAUUAGAUCACAAGUCACUUCGCCGUCUUGCGCAAAACCGUGAAGCUGCUAGGAAAAGCCGUUUAAGAAAGAAGGCAUAUGUCCAAAACCUUGAGAGUAGUAGAUUGAAACUUACUAAGUUAGAGCAAGAGCUUCAACGGGCGCGGCAACAGGGUAUUUUUAUUUCAUCGUCAGGGGAUCAAGCUCACCCAUCGAGUGGAAAUGGUGCUAUGGCAUUUGACAUGGAGUAUGCACGAUGGUUGGAGGAACAUAACAAGCAUAUAAAUGAGUUGAGGGCCGCAAUCAACGCACAUGCUGGCGAUGACGAUCUUCGGAGUAUUGUUGACAGCAUCAUGGCACACUAUGAUGAGUUUUUCAGGCUCAAGGGUGUAGCAGCCAAAGCAGAUGUUUUCCAUGUGCUGUCUGGAAUGUGGCAGACCCCUGCCGAGAGGUGUUUCAUGUGGUUGGGUGGCUUCAAGUCAUCUGAGCUCCUUAAGUUACUGGGAGGUCAACUAGAACCUCUUACUGAGCAGCAGCUUACAGGCGUAUGCAACCUGCAACAGUCCUCUCAACAAGCCGAAGAUGCUCUUUCUCAAGGCAUGGAGGCAUUACAACAGUCGCUCGCAGAAACCCUAGCAUCUGGAUCCCUGGGCCCUGCAGGAUCUUCUGGCAAUGUUGCAAACUACAUGGGACAGAUGGCAAUGGCUAUGGGAAAACUUGGAACGCUAGAAAACUUCCUACGGCAGGCUGAUAAUCUGCGGCUGCAAACCCUUCAGCAACUGCAACGCAUAUUAACCACUCGCCAAUCUGCACGAGCUCUGCUUGCAAUAAGUGACUACUUCUCCCGGCUACGCGCUUUGAGUUCCCUUUGGCAUGCCCGUCCACGGGAAUAAAUUGAAUAAGUUCAUAAAUAGGAUAUUGUUAUUAGGUACUGUGUUGUAUUAGCCUCAUAGGAAUUCAGGUGCUCCCUACUCCCUAGAUUCUUCACAAUGUUGUAUUAAUGAGAGGUUUGAUUCAGAAUUAUGUCAUAUUUUCAAUUAUUGGACAAGUUCGUAAUAUUUUUUUGGAAAGUGGAGAUGUAAAUACUCGCAGAAUAAUUUGAGAUCUUGCAAAG